UGUGUAGGCAGGCUGUAUUAUGUCACGGAUAGUGAACAAGGUGAGUUUAUGACCGCGACGGCAAACACAGACGUUUAAAUGUUUUAGCAGCAGUAACAGUCAUCUCAGGGGAUAAUUAUUCAAAGACGCACUUGAAGCAGUGACAUUUGCAAAAGAUAUUCUUUUUGUGGGUCCACCACCACCAUCAUCAUCAUCAUCAUCAUCAUGGUGGAUAUAAAGAGUUACUGUGAAGCAGGAGUCUCCAUGCAGCAUGUCUGGACAGAGGGGGGUCUGACUCUCUGCUUCUACUUCACCCUGGUGCCAUCCGUCCUCCUCACCCUCUCCUUCCUCUUCGGCACUUUUCUGUGUAUAUGCUACAGACGCUAUGGCACAGACAUGGAGCCCAAGUUCAUCCCUCGCUCUCGACUUUACCGGCUCCAAGUGGGCCUGUCGGUGCUGCUCGUCCUGCAGGCUCUGGGCUGGAUGGUGUUUCGAAUCAUUCGGAGCGGAGAGCUACCGGGAUACGUGGUUCUGUCGGGCUGUCUCUCCAUGCUGGGCUGGAUUUGGGCUGUGGCCCUGCUGCAUCUGGAGAGGAGGAGGGCUCUGGUGAGGGACAGAACCAGAGGACACAGUACGCUACUGUUGCUGUUCUGGGCUGUAGCAUUUGCGGCUGAAAACCUGGCGUUUGUGUCUUGGAUGAGCCCUCAGUGGUGGUGGAAUCUGGAAAAGUCUGAUCAACAGAUGGAGUUUGCUUUCUGGUUAGUUCGAUACUUCGCCUCAGGAUUGCUGUUCCUGUUAGGCCUCAAAGCUCCAGGCUUGCCACGCCGACCGUACAUGCUUCUGGUCAAUGAAGAUGAGCGAGAUGUGGAGCACAGUGUACCACUCUUGGGUAAUUCUGAUGAGAAUCAGUCUACUUGGAAAGAUUUUGGGAAGAAGCUCCGUCUGUUGGUGCCGUACAUGUGGCCUAAAGGCAACGCCCUGCUCCAGCUGCUAGUUCUGCUUUGUCUCGGGUUGCUGGGAGUGGAGCGUGUCAUCAAUGUGUUUGUACCCAUCUUCUACAAGAACAUAGUGAACCAGCUGACAGAUGGGAGCUCUUGGAAGACUCUGGCGACUACAGUGUGUGUUUACGGGCUCCUGAAGUUCCUGCAGGGAGGUGGAGCUGGUGCGUCUGGGUUUGUGAGUAACUUGCGUUCAUUCUUGUGGAUUCGUGUGCAGCAGUACACUAACCGUUUGGUCCAGGUGCGUCUCUUCGCUCAUCUGCACUCUCUGUCUCUGCGCUGGCAUCUGGGUCGCCGCACAGGGGACGUCCUGAGAAGCAUCGACAGAGGAACCUCAUCUAUCAACAGCCUGCUGAGCUACAUCGUGUUCAGCAUCUUCCCCACUAUUGCUGAUAUUGUCAUCGCCAUUGUCUAUUUCAUAUCGAAUUUUAAUGCCUGGUUUGGCCUCAUAGUGUUCGUUUGCAUGGCCCUCUACCUCACUCUCACUAUUGUAAUCACUGAAUGGAGAACGAAAUACAGACGAGAUAUGAACAUACAAGAUAAUAAUGCCAAAUCGAAAGCUGUGGACUCUUUAUUGAACUUCGAGACAGUGAAAUAUUACAAUGCAGAGGUUUAUGAAGUAGGACGCUUUGAGGAUGCUAUCUUGAAAUAUCAGGUAUCGGAGUGGAAGACCAACGCCUCUCUGGCGUUUUUAAAUCAAACGCAGAACCUCAUCAUCGGUUUGGGUCUUUUGACUGGAUCUCUGCUUUGUGCGUACUUCGUGACAGAAGGAAAGUUUCAGGUAGGAGAUUAUGUGCUGUUUGGGACGUACAUUAUCCAGCUUUACACUCCUCUCAACUGGUUUGGAACAUACUACAGAAUGAUCCAGAACUCUUUCAUUGAUAUGGAAAGCAUGUUCAAGCUCUUCACUGAGGAAGAAGAGGUGAAGGAUGAUGUUAACGCAGGAAACCUGGACUACACACAGGGAAAAGUAGAGUUUGAAAAUGUCUUCUUCAGCUACACAGAAGGCAAGGAGAUUCUAAAAGAUGUCUCUUUCACCGUACUUCCCGGUCAAACAGCUGCACUUAUUGGACAGUCUGGAUCAGGAAAGAGCACCAUUGUUCGUCUGAUUUUCCGUUUUUAUGAUGUUCAGGGAGGGUGUAUAAAGAUAGAUGGCCAGGACAUCUCAAAGGUGAAGCAGUCCUCUCUGCGCGCUCACAUUGGCGUCGUCCCUCAGGAUACCGUCCUGUUUAAUGACAACAUUCGAGACAACAUCCGCUACGGUCGUGUUACUUCUACUGACCAGGAGGUGGAGGAGGCUGCGAUUGCCGCUGACAUCCAUGACAAAAUCAUAACCUUCCCGGAUGGCUAUGACACUCAGGUGGGUGAGAGAGGGCUAAAGUUGAGUGGAGGAGAGAAGCAGAGAGUCGCCAUCGCUCGCACCAUCCUCAAAGCGCCACAAAUUAUCCUCCUCGAUGAGGCCACAUCUGCUUUAGACACACAGACUGAGCGAAAUAUUCAGGCCUCACUGGCUAAAGUCUGCACCAACAGAACCACCAUUGUGGUGGCACACAGAUUGUCGACUGUCAUUGGAGCCGAUGUGAUUCUUGUACUUCGUGAUGGACAGAUCGUUGAGAGAGGAAGACAUGAGGAGCUGUUGGCGAAGGGAGGCCUGUACUCUGACAUGUGGCUGAAACAGCAGCAGGCCCAGGAUUCCGACUCGGCCUCUGACACGGAGACGAAAGACAGGAAAUCUGAGAAACUACAGCCACAAACAUCCACUGCAGGACACAAGGGACAUUAGACACUUGGGACAUGCAACCAGAUCUGGUUUUGUGUGUAUUUAAAGCUCAUCCAAUGCUGUUUUGACAUGUUAGAUGAUCAUUAUUCAAUAUCAUUUUAUGUUUUUACCAGUUCUUAAAAGUGGUACAUAUUGCCUUAGGAUUUAUUUAUUUAUUUAUUUAAGUCCAAUUUGAUAUUUCUUUGCAAUUACGCCCCACUCCUUUCCCUCAAAGUGCAAUAAUAUCUCUAAUUAAUAUGGCCAUAAAUGUAUUAUUUAUUUAAAUUUAGGAUUUAGUUAUAGCCAGUGGGGAAAAAUCUUUUUGUCAAUUUUAAUAUUAAUUUCUGAU